UAGAAAAUGAAUGUGUUGGAUCUUAGGGAGGGUCUAAGUAGAGCUUCAAAAUCCAAACCAAGUGAGACCAAAAAAACUGACUCAGCAAUUUAUUGCAGGCAAGCAUGGAAGUGAAAUCAACUGAUCAAAGACCAUAUCACUUUCUGUAAUGUACACCUAAUAUAUCCAUUUAAAAAUGGUGUCCAUUGGCAGGUAGAAUGAGCGUGGGCUUCAUAGGAGCGGGCCAGCUGGCCCAUGCUCUGGUGCGAGGUUUCACAGCUGCAGGUGUAAUUGCCAGUCACAAAAUCACAGCCAGUUCCCCAGACACAGAUCUCCCAACAGUCCAGGGACUGCGGAAAUUAGGUGUGCAUUUCACAACCAGCAACAAGGAGACGGUAAACAAAAGCGACGUCCUUUUCCUGGCGGUGAAGCCUCAUAUUAUUCCUUUUGUACUCGACGAGAUCGGACCGGAUAUCGAGGAUCGUCACCUGAUUGUGUCCUGUGCCGCAGGUGUCACCAUCAGCUCCAUAGAGAAGAAGCUACUGCAGUAUCACACCAAUCCAAAGGUGAUGCGUUGCAUGACCAACACUCCGGUGGUUGUACGUGAAGGGGCUACCGUGUACGCAACGGGUACCCAUGCCGAGGUGGAGGAUGGAAAGCUCUUAAAGCAGCUGAUGACCAGUGUCGGAUACUGUACGGAGGUGGAGGAGGACCUGAUUGACGCCGUAACGGGUCUGAGUGGCAGUGGACCAGCUUAUGCAUUCACAGCUGCAGAUGCCCUUGCUGAUGGAGGUGUGAAAAUGGGCCUUCCCAGGAGACUCGCUGUACGUGUCGGAGCCCAAGCCAUGUUGGGGGCAGCUCGAAUGCUUCUGGACUGGGAGGAACACCCCGCAAUGUUUAAGGACAAAGUGUGCACACCAGGUGGCGCCACCAUUCACGCCAUGCACGUAUUGGAAAACGGCGGUUUCCGCAGCCUCCUCAUCAACGCUGUGGAGGCCUCCUGCUCCAGGGCGAGAGAACUGCAAAAACUUAAGAGCUGAUUGUUU